UAAAUACUCUUUUUCAGGACCGACCUUUUAGUAAAACUAACUAGGGGGGGCAAAAUUUACAAUUCCCACAUUUUUGGGGUCAAACAAGCUCUCAAAUGUAGGUGACACAGUUUGAUUUUUUGUCUCUUUUGCACUCCAUCGUUUCUAGGGAUGUGCAUCCUUAACGCUCACUGAAUGUUUUCAGCACUGAAUAUUAAACAGUUACUUGUUCAACACUGAAUGUCGAACGAGAAAUAAGUAACUAACUUCACACUACCAGCUGUAAGAAUCUGGAAGCAAAUUUGCUACAUGUAUUUCUUUUCAUUGUGGCAGUUGUUGGAGUCUCAAAAAUGUGAUCCGGUACAUUGAAAUCAGGAAUACAAGCAAGUCGCAAAUUGACAUUUGAGAUAUGUACAGGGCCAGAAAGAGAAUUUCAUAACAUUUCGAAUGGUAUACAUUUUAAGUGUGUUGAUGGUAACCUUUCAUACAUACACUUCAAAAUAUAAAGGAGUUUAUCUCGAAGAUACUUAAGAAAAUUGUUUGUGAUCAGUUGCAAUUGUAUCUUACUUUGCAUAAUCUGUUCCCUAUAUUUCAGUAAGCAUAUCGGAAGUUUCAUAGUACUGAAACUGCGUUACUGAGGGUAAAAAAAGACUUACUACUGGCUAUGAACAAUAAACAGGUUACUUUACUUGUUUUUGCUUGAUUUAAGCUCUGCUUUUGACACACUUGGUCACAGUGUUCUCUUGAGCAUUCUGAGAAAGAAGUUCGGAGUUGACGACAUUGUUCUUGAAUGGUUAAAGUCAUACUUGUCUGUGAGAUCUCAGCAUGUAUUAAUUAACACACUGUCGGAUAAGCAUGACCUUGUAUGGGGUGUUCCACAAGGUUCCUGUUUGGGCCCCUUGCUAUUUAUUUUAUCUAUAAAUGAACUGUUUGACAUUGUAAAAUCCCAUAAUCUUCAGGUCUAUUGUUACGCGGAUGACACACAGCUUUAUAUUUCAUUUUCACCUUGUGUAGCUAGAAAUCAAGUGUCAGCUUUAUCUGUUAUGGAAUCAUGUAUAAAGGAUUUACUUUCUUGGAUGUCAGCAAGUGGCCUGUUCCUUAAUGACAGCAAAUUCAGAAUUCUUGGUCAUUGGUACUCGUCAGCAACUAGCUAAAGUUAAGAUUGAUGAGGUUCAGGUUGGACAAUCUCUAGUAAGACCUGCUACUCUUGCACGGAAUUUGGGGGCAUGGUUUGAUGUUAACUUGUCCAUGAGUGAUCAUGUGGUUAAAACAUGUAAGUCUGCAUUCUACUUCCUGCAUAACAUUAGAUCUAUUAGGAAGUACUUAACAGGAGCCAAUACUGAAACACUCAUUCAUGCUAAUGCAUGCACUAGGCUUGUGUGUAAUAUUAAUGUGCAAUGGCUAAGAUUCUGCGGUCUUCACCGUUGCCUGUCUUCACAUGCUCUUCUUCUUCCGGCUCUAUAGAUGCACCAACAAGCCAAGCAAUGAAGUUGUACAGUUUUACUGGCACAACUCGUCGUGAAGUAUUUAGGUUGAGGUCUGCUGAUGUUGGUGGCCAUGGAGCAGUACUAUUAGCAUUCAUAAUUUCCUUCCACAGAUCUAAGGCUGUUGCAUACUGAUCUCUCUUGGUCUCUCCAGCUGCACAUUCAUUCGUUUCACAGGUGGCUCAUCCUAAGUGCUGUUAGCCGGUAAAUAUUCUUGUCCUUUAUGACCUUCUGUUCUAUGGUGUUAUUACAGAACACAUCAAAUGACUUAGCAUACAACUGCUCCUUUUCAACAGGUGCUUCUUUUCUUGUGAGAUAGACGGUGAAGGCUCUGAAGCAACUGCGGUGAUAUCUAACUUCCAAUGAUACGCAGUCCCUGUCUUCAAUUUGAAUCAAGAUUUGCCUUGCAUUCUUGUCUCUUGCAGCUCUCAAUAGUUUGCCACCAUCAACCUGCUCACAGAGGACCAACGGCUCUUUCUGUUUUCUCCCCCAAGAAUCCCUGCAAGACUUGGUUUUUCCACAUAUGAUACAGAUUUCCAGGAGGAUGUGAGAAGCUGCCAAUGGCUGUUUUGCAAUGAUCGAGCCUGAGAGCAACAGUCUUGAGUCUGAUGUCUUGGUUGUGUCUAACUACAGGAUGUCAUCUCUCUAUGCAAGGCGCAUGGCACGCUUGAGUGCCCGUAUUUUUGGCAAUGUCUUCCGUCCAACAUCCUCUCAGUCCAUGAAAGUUGUACAGCUAAUGAAUGAGAAACCACGAGAACAUAAGCCAGAGGUCACAGAAUACUAUCCACCCCACACUGAAGUCUACAAGAUGAUGAGAAGGCUCCAGUUUCUGGGUCUUUACAGGGACGAACAUGCUGAUUUCCGUGCUGAAAUGAAGAGGGUUGCUCGUCUUAAAGGAAAAGCACCACCAAAAAAAGGAGAAGGGAAACGAGCUUUGAAGAGGAAAUGAUUAGACAGCAUGGUGUUUACUUUGGACUGUACUUCACUAUUUGAGCAGUUGAGAUCAUUAUCACAAGUCAUUUACGUGGGUUUGCAUACAUGUAAGUCUGUAGGGAAUGAGUGAUCAUGGACAAAGCAAGGAGAGUUCGAACUCCCCUUAUCCUCCGUGCUUGGAGUUCUGCUUUGAUUAAAAGGAAAAAAAUUUCACCAUUAAUCCUGCAAUGGCAUAUGGUCAUGUGAUCAUGCCCUGGUCUACUAGUCGUGAAGAUUGAGUCAUUUUGACAGCGUUCUACAAGUGUUCCUUCGUAAAACUGUUAGAAUGUUAUUGUCACCCAAUGAAAAACACUACACAACAGGUUCCACCUAACUGUGACCAUUCUAUUGGAUCGGCGUCAUUAAUAUUCAUGUUUGUUCCGAGAGCUGUUCUGGAGGCAUGCACAUAAUGAAUCCUGUACCAUUAGGUACAUGGAUACAACAGUGCUCAAUACGUAAUAACUAGAGAUUUUGUCUGUCUUCAGGACAGAGCAAAGGGCUUUUUCACAUUUUCUUUUUUAUUAACCCUAACCCCCUAGGGUGUAUGUAAAAUCGUAUUGAAAUUGGAGGAUUUGGGACUGUUAGGGUUAAGAAAAACAUUUGUUUAUUUGAGAUACUAGCACAUUUCUAUUUCUCACUCUUUGCUCAAAGAUCUACCCCAGAACUACAAAUAUUUACAAAAGUAUAUCAAGUACUUUCUUUGGUGGCGUCAUAACAUUGAUGAAAUGUGCAAACCCUUUCGGACAUUAGAAGAUAUGGAGAAUAAAGUAUGCACCUUUAACAUCACUUCA